AUGGGCACAGUUCAGCAAGGAAUGCCCCACAAAUGUUACCAUGGCAAGACUGGAUGGGUCUAUUAUGUUACUCAACAUGCUGUAGGCAUUGUUGUAAACAAACAGGUUAAGGGCAAGAUUCUAGCCAAGAGAAUUAAUAUGCGUAUUGAGUAUAUUAAGCAUUCUAAGAGCAGAGAUAGCUUCCUGAAGAGGGUAAAUGAAAAUGACCAGAAGAAGAAGGAAGCCAAAGAAAAAGGCACCUGGGUUCAACUGAAACGUCAGCCUGCUCCACCCAGGGAAGCAGACGUUGUGAGGACCAAUGGCAAGGAACCUGAGCUGUUGGAACCAAUCCCCUAUGAAUUCAUGGCAUAA